AAAUCCUACAGAAGGACAAGAUCAACGAUCUCCCUCAAAUUUCUGCCCAUGGUUGAGGUCCAUCAAGCUUAUUAUAUCCAAAGCAAUAUGCUGGUCAUGCGCUUAAGAAUUCCAGGAUCAAGUGAGAUGAGGAAGCUAAAAGAGAAAAAGGAGAUGCACAUCCGGUCUCGUCAGAUCAUGGAAAGACUACUUGAACGUGCUAAAAGCCAUCACGAGCAAGAAGAGCAGAGCAAUGAUAGGCUUGUACAGUUCGAUGAGGACGAGGCAAAGAAUUAUGGUUUGUGUCAUUCAGAGCAUGAGUACUUCAGAAGAGGCCGCGUUCGGCUGGGUCCCUCGAUGCCAAUACUGAUUGCAGCAAGUAAUGGCAUUGUGGAAAUGGUAGAGAAAACCCUGCAAGUUUUUCCCAUGACCAUUCAUGACAGGGACUGCUAUUGGAAGAACAUAGUGCUGUUGGCAGUGGAGAACAGGCAGUCGCAUCUAUAUGACUUCUUGCUCAAGAGUUCUCAUCUUCUUGAUAAAGACCUUGCACUUCAUGCAGUGGAUGGAAAUUGGAAUAGCGCAUUGCAUCUAGCUGCCAAGUUAAAAGAUUAUGAAAGCUGGCUUAUCCCCUCCAGCACGUUGCAAAUGCAUUGGGAAGUCAAAUGGUAUGAGUAUGUGAAGAAAUCCUUGCGACCGAAUGUCUCUGCCAGUCCUAAUAAGAGUCAAAAGACCCCUGACCAGAUAUUCACAGAAACACAUAAAGAACUCUUAGAAAAAAGCAAAGAAUGGCUCAACAGCACAUGCAAUUCCUGCUCUUUCAUUGCAGCUCUAAUAGCAACUGUCGCCUUUGCUUCAUCAGCCACCGUACCAGGCGGAGUCGACCAAGACACUGGCAAACCAAUUUUCCAACACCAUUUGGCUUUCAGAUUUUUUGCAAUUUCAUCCCUAGUUGCACUUUGCUCUUCCUUCAUCUCACUGCUCGUAUUUUUCUCCCUUCUCACCUCCAAGUGCCAAUAUAAAGAUUUUAGUAAGAACGUGCCUAGGAACCUCUUAUUUGGCUUAACCUCUCUCUUUAUAUCCAUGGCGGCCAUGUUGAUAUGUUUCAUCUCAGGGCAUCUCUUGAUGCUUGACAAUCAACUGAAAUAUUAUGCUGCGGUUCCGGUGUAUGCAGUCACCUUCUUGGUUAUAACAUUCAUUUCCCUUCAGAAGUUUCCAUCAUUCUUUGCUCUUGUAAGGGCUAAAUUUCAUAACGUGCCUGAGCGUAUUUACAAGGAGGAUCCUUUGUAGGAAUUUCAUUUUUCCCCUUGUCUGAGCUCAAAGAGGACCUUAUGCCAUGGUGAUGGCCAGACCUGAUAUUGAUGUAAUGUUUUAGUUGUUUUGUGUCUUUUAAUAUAUAUGAUUGUCAUCUUCCUCGUGGGACAACUAGAAAUUUCUCAGAGCUUGAAAGGAACUACAAAGCAUUUUAUUUCA